CAAGGGUUACGCACAGCGGCGCGCCGGGUAGAGGGCAGGUUCAAGAUGGCGUCGUGGUCACUGCGGGCUCUUGUCCGGUGUGUACGGAGGCCGGGAGCCGGAGGGUUCUCGGCACUUCCACAGCGAGGCUUCCGGUCGUCUGGGCCUGCUGCUGCUCAGGUCACUGUCCGUGAUGCUUUAAACCAAGCCUUAGAUGAGGAGAUAGAGAGGGAUGAGAAAGUUUUUUUGCUUGGAGAGGAAGUUGCACAGUAUGAUGGUGCAUACAAGAUUAGCAGAGGACUUUGGAAGAAAUAUGGAGAUAAGAGGAUAAUAGACACUCCUAUAUCAGAGAUGGGAUUUACUGGAAUUGCUGUUGGUGCUGCCAUGGCUGGCUUGCGACCUGUUUGUGAAUUCAUGACCUUCAAUUUCUCCAUGCAAGCUAUUGAUCAGAUUAUAAACUCAGCUGCCAAAACCUACUAUAUGUCUUCUGGGUUGGUACCCGUCCCUAUUGUUUUCAGGGGUCCAAAUGGUGCCUCAGCAGGAGUAGCAGCCCAGCAUUCACAGUGUUUUGCGGCCUGGUAUGGGCAUUGUCCUGGACUGAAAGUAGUCAGUCCUUGGAGUGCAGAGGAUGCAAAAGGUCUCCUUAAAGCAUCAAUCAGGGAUGAUAACCCAGUUGUCAUGCUGGAAAAUGAGUUAAUGUAUGGUGUGUCCUUUGAGUUGUCUGAGGAGGCACUUUCAAAAGAUUUCAUUGUUCCUAUUGGAAAGGCCAAGAUAGAAAGGCAAGGAACCCAUAUUACCUUAGUGGCUCACUCAAGACCUGUUAGCCACUGUCUAGAAGCAGCUACUAUCCUUGCCAAAGAUGGAGUGGAAUGUGAGGUUAUAAACCUUCGUACUAUUCGGCCAAUGGAUGUUGAAACCAUCGAAUCUAGCGUCAUGAAGACAAAUAAUCUUGUAACAGUAGAAGGUGGCUGGCCCCAGUUUGGGGUAGGAGCUGAAAUUUGUGCCAGGAUUAUGGAAGGUCCUGCUUUCAACCACUUGGAUGCACCUGUUGUUCGUGUCACAGGUGCAGACGUGCCUAUGCCUUAUGCAAAGAUCCUAGAGGAAAACUGCAUACCGCAAGUAAAGGACAUAAUACUUGCUGUGAAGAAGACACUCGGUAUCUAAAUCUUGUGUGCAAAUCCUGUUUGAGAAUUUUAUCUUUAACAACAUAUUAUUUAUGGAGUAUACUGCAAGCUGUUGUAUCCAGAGCUGCACCUUAUAUUGAACGUGGAUUGGGGAGAGGCGUUACAAAAGGAAGUGAUAAUAGAAACUGUAUUUGUUACAGACCCUACGGCCUCCCUCUCGAGAAGCAAAUGCAAAGGAAUUGAAUUAUUAAAGAACUUUCAUUGUUGGGUGAAGUGUCUCGUUAUUGGUGUGGAGAUCAGGUUUGUUCUGAUGAACAGCCCUACCUUAUCAAGAAUCAGCUUUUGCUUAUUUUGUAACUUACGUAGCUUGAAAUAAAGAUAUAAA